UCGGAGCUUGGCUAGUGGCUGCACGAGGCUCAGAUACUAGAUCAGAUCAGAUACUGGCAGUACCAGCGUAGUGAAUUCAUUUUCUCAGUGAUAAGUGUUUUCGAGGUUGCUCUUUUGCGGUGUGUGCAGUCGAUUCGGAACCGAAGAUCGCAUUGGGAAAAAUGGCGCAAUCAUUGAAACUGCUCAUGGUUCUAUUGGUCUGUCUGGUGCAUGAUGUUGUGUCGUUUCCACAAACCAACAUCCAACUGCAGUACCCGAACGGAGCAUUCGACGAUCCGGUGCCGAACAACGAUCACAACCAGAAGUUCCACGAUUAUGCCAACGUUUUGACCCGCUUCGAUUCCUGGGUGACGGGUCAGAAAGUGCCGAUUCCGGCUGACCCGGUGACGGAUGCCUUGCACCAGGAUCUGCCACCGGAAGCAGCCUCCCUCGGUGCAACGCGCCACGUACGAACACCGGUCGAGUUUGCGGACUCGGUUCCGCAGGGAAGUGAGGCAAUCCCAGCCUACAACGAGUACAUCCGUGUGCUGACCCGGUUUGACCCGUCGGUGACCGGACAUGCCGUCUUCAAACGGGAGGAACGUCCGGCCGAUUCGUUGAUUAGCGAGGAUAAAGAUUUUGGCGAGCACAUCGAGGACAAGGUACCCGAAUUGUCCACGGAAACUGCCAAUCCAGUGUACGGAGAUUUCGUUAAGGAGCUGAAACGCUUCGAUCCGUGGCUGUUGGGACGCAAUGUGUCCAUUCCGCAUAACGCCACUGCCGAUGAACAGUGGAUCAGCGAGUCCAAGGAGUAGAUUGCCACCGGAGGUUGCGUACCCGCGAAAUUGUGUAACAGUAAUCUUACAGCCAUCCAUUGCCAACCGUCUCAGU